GCCAUGCCACAGAAAGAUAUCAUCAAAGAAAUCAAGGUGAUCACUGACCAACACAUUGUCAAGGGUCAGAAACAACAUGGAUUUCCAAUGCGCAAAUGGAAGAUCUCAUUAAUGGGCAUCAAUGCCAAUGGCGAGGAAGAACCAUUACCUUAUGUGGAAUACGUCGAAUAUCUUCUGCAUCAUACAUUUGAGCAACCUCUGAGGAAAGUGACAGAAUAUCCAUUCAUGUUGCAAGAAAAAGGAUGGGGCGAGUUCGAUAUGAAGAUUAUGCUGUACUUUGCAGACAAAUCGACUACACCAUAUUCGUUGGAUCAUGACUUGAAUUUUCAACUUGCACACUAUGAAGUUUCACAUACUUUGACAUUUAAACCGGAUCUAAAACCAAGUUUUUUGAAAUUAUUAAAUCAACCAGUCGAGACGAUAUCAAGUCGGGAUACUCAUAAUAGCAAUGGAGCUCAAGCAAAAACCAACAAAAGGCGACGAGAAGACACGUUGAAACCAAAAUCAAAACGAAUCAAAGACGAUGCGAGUUCAGACGAUGAUAGCAGUGCUGCAGCAUCUGAUGAUUGGAAUGACGAGGUUGAUAUACAUGCUUUGGCAGACAAAUUUCAGCAGCUAGAUGCGGAUGACUUGGUCGAUCUAGUGAAGUUGGUGAAGGCAAAUCAAACAGCAGACAUGUAUGUCAAGGAGGACGGCGAAGCUGGGGAAUUCCAUAUCGAUUUACGAACAUUAGGCAACGAUCUUUUGCAUCGAUUAUGGCAAUUUUGUUCUCAACGACUGAAUGGAUAAAUUAAAUCCUACAACUUAGUAUGGGUCACGACUUGUUUGAAUAACUUUUGUUAAAAUCUUGGCAUAUCUACUUAAAACAAAAUUCAGCGCCCCUAAAAUAGCUACCAUUGUCAUACUAAUACUGCAACACACAAACAUGAAAACUUAUUAGUUUGCCGAUAUUAAAAAAGGUUUCUUGUUAUCCAGUCUUUUUUUUUCUUUUUAAUUUAUCCAUUUAUAUAUAUAUAUAUAUAUAGAUAUAUAUAACUGUUAUCACAGAGACCG